CCCGCCGAAGUGGAGAGAUCCGGACGAGUCCACCUAUAAUUAUUAUGAUCAGCAGCAGCUGUGACAGCUCCUCGUGCGCCCCAACCCACAAGGGAACCAAUCGUCAGCUUUCUUAUCACCCUCCCACGUGUGCCUGCCUGUGUCCCUCUCUAUCAAAUGAUUCACUGCAACGUGGUGUAAAAACUCUUCCGGGUUCCCGAUCCCAUUUCCUGCGCUGGGCUAAACACAGGGAUCGGCGGGAGCUGCAAGGGGAGUGGGACUUGGGAAGAGCAGAAGAAGCCGAGCCGUCUGUGUUCGCGUUGCUACAAAAUCCCCCCCGUGUCCUGACAGGGUGUCAAAUCUCCCAGCAGCUGCCGCCGGAGGAGGGAUCCAUAGACAACAGUGCGCAGCUCACAGCGGGCACCUGAGCGGGAGCAAGGACAUCAUGAAGGUUCUGCUGCUCUCUGCGCUUGUCUGUCUGUUCUUAUACCAUGAAGCGCUCGGAGCCCCAUUGGAGAUGUUGAAAAUGGAAGCUUCCAUCGCAGCCAGUCAUGGGGGUAACCGCACCACGGAAAGCCCGUUACUCCGGGGCAACUCCACGGCGAAGGUAUCCCGCUUUAAUGUCAUCGAGAAGUACAUGCCCACCAUCAAGAACGUCUUCAUCUUCGUGUGUGGCCUGAGCACCUUCCUCAUCUUGUGUCUCCUCAUCAAGAUAUUCAGGUCUGGAAAAAGAAUACGAAAAACUCGCAAAUAUGACAUAAUUACGACUCCUGCUGAACGGGUAGAGAUGGCGCCUCUAAAUGACGAUAACUAUGAGGACGAAGAUGCAACAGUAUUUGACAUAAAAUACAGAUACAGACUCCUGUGCGAUGGAAGGGGUUAACUGCUGAGCUAAUGAUUGUGACACUGCCAAAUAUCCGCAAGGAUGUGAUUGUAUGUCUUUAUUUUAACUUGCUGCUAUGUGAUCUGUGUUCUGUGGGGUUUUUUUUUCUGUUCUGUUAUGUGUGGUUAUUGGGGAGGGAAAAAACAAGCUAAAAAUAGUAUUUGUUAUUUGUCAUUCCUUUUUGAUUAGCUUUUUAAUGACUGCAAGACCUCAUCUGUGCUUUAAUUACCCGUUUGUUUAAGCCAACUAACUAAGCAUGCUGGCUGCAUAGUAAGGCAAUAUGGGGCUGAUACAUGUUACAAGACAUGAGACUGGAGCCUUGUUCUGACUGGCCCACGCUGUCUGAACCAUAUGGCAAAAUACACACACCCCAAGACGCUCCUUCAGUUUACUGAGCAAUUCCCAGGAAUGUCAGCCAGUCAGGAAUAUGGCAUGCACACGAAGGCAUCUAGAUAUACAUGCCUCCAUCAACCCUUGAGUACUUGCUCUUAGUUUAGUAGGGUUGCCGACUCAUCCUUCACAUUCUGAUACUGGCAAUUCCUUGCAAAUUACUACUUCCUCUGGUUUUGUCAAUUAAAUGGGUAUGUGUCCCUGUCGCCAGACAAUGAGAGUGUAGGUGGCUACACAAAUACCGAAAUGUUAUAGGCACGCCUAUCAGACCAUAGACCACAUCCAUCAGUAUUCCGAGUGCUCAGAGGAAUAAUGGGGUUUCCUUGCUAAUCAGAUAAUCACUAGCACUGGGGAGGCAAGCCUGUAUGUAAAGUCUUUCAGGCUGCUCACCGUUUACUCCUCAUGAUUCGCGUGCACUCCGCCCCAAACCCUGCGCUUAAAGGAAAAUUCGACCCUUUAGCAAAAAAAAAAAAAACCCUAACCCCCACCCCACAUACACCCUCCUCCCCCCAGCCUAACUGCCCCACUGGUGAAAUGCCCCUAACUUUUUACUUGUCCCUCGGCACAGAUUCAGGCAUCGGAUUUCCACGCAGCCAUCUUCCGGGUCUUGGGUAAGCUGAGACGAAGACUGGCGGAGCAGCGCUUGUGCAGCUGGAGCGAUUUACUGGUGUGUGACAACUGCGCAUGAGCCAAAAUGGACUGGAAUUGCGGGAUGAAGACGCAAAGACCCGGAAGAUGGCUGCAGUUAACUCCAAUGCCUGAAUCUGUGCAGAGGGUUAAGUAAAAAGUUAGGCGCAUUUCCCUGGGGGGAGGCAGGAGGGUGCUCUACGUGUGGUGGGGGGUAGGGGUUUUUGCUAAAGGGGUUGAAUUCUCCUUUAAUAUCUGGAGUGGUCCCCUUUUAGUCUCUAAAGAAUUGCAUAGACCCAAACGCGUCAGACGCUUAUUUGUAAACCAAAUGCAUUAAUAAAACACAUACAUUUUUAACUUGAAUGUUGAAGUUGGUGGUUUCUGUGGAGAUCCGGAGUGCACUGCUACAAUUGGUGGUCACCUAUUAGACCAUGUGCAUAAAGAGUAAUUUAAAAGGACGAGUUGGUAACCCUAUAGUGCAGAAGCAAUUCUAGAGACCUUUGUGGUUUAGGAACACCUGGCCGUCUUCACUUUAUUGUUCCCAGAGUAACAGUUGUGUAGAUUAUGUUUUUAGCAGUGCCUCAUGUCAACAUAACCUUUCUAAAAAGGCUUCCCAAUAAUAAUAAUAAUAAAAAUGACUCCUUUACUAAUACCAACAGCUGAGGAUGAUGAUUCUUCAAUGAAACGUUAUGUUCCUGGAUCAGCUGUACCUGCAGGGAGCACCCUUGCCACUAUCUCGUGAUGCUUUGGCAAUUUCUGUAGGAUACAAAUGUCUAUUAACACAGGUGCUCAUCUGUGCAUGUAGGAUACUGUUCUCCUGUUGACUAUUUAAUUCCUUCAGUUUUAGUCAUUAUGGACCACACAGGUCUCGGUUGCUCUCUGUUAUAUCAGACUUGCUUGCUCUGAAACCUGCAUAUCUGGGUUCUCUUCCCAGAGUGCAUUAAACUGCUGCUGCUGCUUUAACUCUUUAACUGCUGGACAGGUCUUCAAAGCAUCAUUUCCCCAUUUUAGUUUUUUUUUUUUUUUCAGUUGUUGCGUUGCAAAUCUUUACCUUUUUUUUUUUUUUUGUUAUUUAAAUAUAGUAUACAUUAUACGUGGUCAAUUUUGAACUGAAUAGAGGUUUUAUUAAUUUAUAUUACCAAUAAGUUGUACAUAAAAUAUGUUCGAAUAUAUAUUUCUAUAGCGCACAUGGGUUUAUGCCAGUGAAAAUCGUUUUUUUAUCCCUAUAUGGUCCAAUUGCCUGCAGGAGUUUUCAGGACUUUUAUGUUAAAGGUAAAAGCACACUCCAGGGAAAAGAGGCCAGUAACCUUCUACUAUCCUGUUUUCUGCUGGGAAACACAAGUCUCCAAACUGCAAAAAAAAAAAAAUGUAAGCAUAAUACAGAAACAAUGGCAUUGUGUUCUCUUAUUAAGCACACUGAGUGCCAAUGAACUGUAUACUAUAACAUGAACAAUACACUGUCCGUGUCUCUAUUAACAGGCCAAUCGAGUAUGGUUAUUUGAUUUUCUUUGGGUUUUUUUUUCUCAAUAUUUCCCUUUACAUAACAUGAAACCUGCUUAGAAUGUGUAGAUUUAAGGUCUGUCACUUUUAAAUCUAUAAUUGUCCUGUUUUCUCACAUAAUACAGAUAUUAAAUUACAAAAAAAAACAAAACUCACAGCUGUUGUAUUCCGACUCAAGUCUCCCGUCAAUGGAAACUGAUUUUUUUUUUGUUGUUGUGUUUUGUUGACACUCCAUUGUCAUUGCUAUGGUGAAUUUCUGUUGCAAAUAAAAUGUUCUU